UCCACACAUACACCAUCAUCGUCGCCGCCUCUCCCUUUCCGCCCCUGCUCGCCUCUCUCCUCUUCAGUCCUGCUUGCCUGUCAGAAAGGUGUUCCAGUGUUGGAGGCUAGGCUACCCUCCUCUCGGACCCCGAACGAGAGCCAGCCGCCGUCGUACCCCAAGGCUCGGGCUCCCCCUCUCACGGCUCCCAACCAUGGCAACCACCGCUACUUCCACACGGUUUACCGACGAAUACCAGCUAUACGAGGAGCUCGGGAAGGGAGCAUUUUCAGUGGUUCGUAGGUGUGUUAAGAAGUCAUCCGGACAGGAGUAUGCUGCAAAAAUCAUCAACACUAAGAAGCUUUCUGCAAGAGACCAUCAGAAGCUUGAGAGAGAAGCUCGUAUCUGCCGCCUCUUGAAGCACCCAAACAUCGUGCGGCUGCAUGACAGCAUUUCAGAGGAAGGCUUUCAUUACCUAGUCUUUGACCUAGUGACAGGAGGAGAGCUUUUUGAAGACAUUGUAGCAAGGGAGUACUACAGUGAGGCUGAUGCCAGUCACUGCAUUAGUCAGAUCUUGGAGAGUGUCAAUCAUAUCCACCAGCAUGAUAUUGUGCACAGAGACCUCAAGCCUGAGAACCUGUUGUUGGCCAGUAAGAUGAAGGGAGCUGCAGUGAAGCUGGCAGACUUUGGCCUUGCUAUCGAGGUGCAGGGAGACCAGCAGGCUUGGUUUGGAUUUGCUGGUACUCCGGGUUAUCUCUCUCCUGAAGUCCUGAGGAAGGAUCCCUAUGGCAAACCUGUGGAUAUAUGGGCAUGUGGUGUUAUUCUCUAUAUCUUGUUAGUUGGAUAUCCUCCUUUCUGGGAUGAAGAUCAACACAAACUCUAUCAGCAGAUCAAAGCUGGGGCAUACGACUUUCCAUCCCCAGAGUGGGACACGGUGACUCCAGAAGCAAAGAAUUUGAUCAACCAGAUGUUGACAAUCAACCCAGCUAAAAGAAUCACUGCUGAACAAGCCCUGAAACACCCAUGGGUCUGCCACCGCUCCACAGUGGCAUCAAUGAUGCACAGGCAGGAAACAGUCGAAUGUCUCCGUAAAUUCAACGCUCGCCGAAAACUCAAGGGAGCCAUUCUCACCACCAUGCUGGUGUCCAGAAACUUCUCAGUGGGCCGGCAGCAUACCAACUCUGCUGCUGCCGCCUCCUCCACGGCCUCACUGGCUCAGGAAGCAUGUAAAAGUUUACUCAACAAGAAGUCGGAUUCUGCUAAGCCUUCUACCAACAACAGUAAGAACAGUAUAGUGAGCGCCAUCAAUGCCCUGAAAGACACCAACAUGGCAACCAACGCUCAGAUGGAAUCUCAGAGCACAGUGGUGCACAACCCUCCUGAUGGAGUCAAGGGAUCAACGGAGAGCAAUGCUACAAACGACGAGGAGGAAAUGAAAGGUAGGAAAGCGGACAGUUCGGCGCUGAGUCAGAGCAGCGCUGCAGAGGAGAUGCCCCCACUUCUGCCCUCACCUCAAAGCUCGCCUGCCAUUCCAUCGCAUGAUGUAAAGCGCAUGGCAUGGAACAGCACAGGCAACAGCUCCUGCCCCGACUCUGACCAAUCGCAGUCCUCCAUUCCUGCCGCUCCACUAGGGAGCAACUCAGUCGCUGCUAAAAGCAACACUAAGCAGACUCGUAAACAGGAGAUAAUUAAGAUAACGGAGCAGCUGAUUGAAGCCAUUAACAAUGGAGAUUUUGAUGCCUACACGAAGAUUUGUGAUCCUGGACUCACCUCUUUUGAACCAGAAGCUCUGGGAAACCUAGUGGAAGGCAUGGACUUCCACAAGUUCUACUUUGAAAACUUGCUGAGUAAGAACCACAAGCCUGUACACACCACCCUGCUCAACCCCCAUGUGCACCUCAUCGGCGAGGACGCCGCAUGCAUCGCCUACAUUCGCCUCACGCAGUUUGUGGACUCCACGGGCCGCCCUCGUUCCAGCCAGUCAGAGGAGACCCGGGUGUGGCAUCGCCGCGAUGGGAAGUGGCUGAACGUUCACUUUCAUUGCUCAGGAGCUCCUGCUGCACCACUACAGUGAUCAGUGGUCCUGAGCCUCCAGUCUGCUGGAGUGAGUUGUGGGGGGCAGUUUUUUCAGCAAGUGAGUUUAAGAGGUGCGUCCUCUGCGUGGAUUGGCUAGUGCCAGGAGCCCGGCCGGGCGAAAUUGCAUCCCUCUCUACGUUACCAACCAAUCCUGUCCCUCCUUUGACCUGCUGGGGACCGGCUGAACACAAGACCCCGGCCCCAUGAGAUGAUGCAUGCAUCUGGCGCCUGAUUGGAGGGUGCAUCUUUGCCCUCUGUUCCUCCCCUGGCAGCCAUCUUUUUUUCUGCCUGUGCAAGAUGAGACGUCCUGGGGGAGGAGAGGAUAUACAGUUGAACUUGUGACAGUUUAUGAGUAUGAGUAAUGAAUAUACAGUGUAAACUAUGACUAGAUGUACCAGAAACCACCAAAACCCAACCAAGCAUUUAUCAUUAUGUAAUAAGAGAGGAGCUGAGAGCAGCAGGAGCUAAGCAGCUGAGAUUUUUGUACACAUUUAGGGAUUACUGGGAUGGGAGUGUCCUGCUCACUACCUGGAUGUUGAGAUGAAGGGAAAAUUUCCUCCGAUGAAUUAGAGGGGGGAAAUGAUCAUCAAGUUUACUCCGAGAACUUGAUGAGGAGAGAAACUUGAUAUCAGAAACAUGAAGCACCAAAGUGUAGAACUUUAGUGUAGGCUUUUUACGUGUUUGUGUUUUCGUUUGUGUGCUUGUUUUCCGACUGAACGGAUAUUGUGUUGUUGUGGGACUGGGGCAGGUCACGUGGUUUUUUUUUGGCAUCCUGAUCCAUUUUGCGUUCUUGUGAAAAAGCGGAGUGUUUAUUUUAUUUUCAUUUUAUUUUAUUUUGCUAUCACUGACCCUAUCAUCAAGACUCUUUAAAUAGAAGAGCUGAGAUUAUUCAGUUUAACGAGGGAUUUUGUUGUUCACAUUUAACAUGUUAUGUUUUUAUGCAGUGGAGGUGGAAGGCGAGCGGGAAAUGCUUUUGUGUUUUGCAUGUUUACUCCCCUCUCCUCCCUCGUUUAUCCCCCUCCUUCCCUCUUCUUUUAUUCAUCUUCUCUUUAAAAUUUCCUCAGUCUGUCACUCGGCUUUCUGCAAGGGCCUGGUUUGUGAAUCACUGUGUAAAUGCAGUGUUUGUAUAGAUAUAUGUAGAAAGGUGUAAUAUAUGUACAUGUAUCUAAGAGACACUCAUCCUGUGCAUUUUGGGGAACCACCCACACACCUGUGUAACUCUCACUCAUCUUCAGGAGAGACUGUUUUCUCAAAACUUUCAUUCUAAUCCCUCAGAUACCUGAGAUUAUGGUAGCUCCUUAAAGGUCAGGGCUAAUGUGAACACACACACACACACUCCUGUAGGCACUCCCAUGGCCGCAUGACUGUUUAUGAAGAUGGGUAAUAAAAAAAAAAACAUGAAGAUUUUAACCCCUACGCUCCAAUUUAAACAUUAAGAAUUUCAACGUGUCCCUAACGCCUGACCCCACAAUGCUGUGAGCCAUCUUUUCAUAUCACACACACACACACCUGGAGGUGUUUCGGCUUUUGUAACAUAUCUGCACCGCUGCUGUGUGACCGGCGCCACCCUUGUCAUGCUGCUGAAGUGUUUGCGGUUGUAUCUUUGACCCCCUGCCUCCGAUGGCUCCGCCCCUCCCAGGUGUUUGAAUGUGUCUCUGCUCUUGAAUCGUUUAUUUGUUCCUUUCUGUGUCGUUACUGGUUUUAACCUUUGGUUUUAUUAUUUUUUUGUUGUCGUCGAUGUUGCUGUUGUCGAUUGGUAACUUGCCGAUCCGCCAAGCUGGAGUUCUGCACUCUCCAUGUGAAAACACACACACACGAGGGAGGAAGCAAAGACGACACAAAAUGAAGGAUAUUGAUCAGAACUAAAUUAUCAAUGUAAUCUACCCUUGGUGGUUUUCUAAUGGUGCCUGCUCGGAGGGGGGGGCAGAUUGGUGCCGGUGUCGGUACAAAAUCUGCUUGGGUGCAAAAUCAGCUCGGGGUCCGUCGACUGCCGAUGACGUCAAAGUAGUUGAUUGGCUGAACAUGAACCUUACGGAAUUACGUAAUCACGUUACGUUGUUAUCACGUUACGUUGGUCCAGGCAAAUCUUUCUGUUGGAAAGAUGGACAACUUUUGCAAAGAAAUCCAUCAUUACCUCUUUGAAAAUACACUUUUAGCAUAGAGCUGCAUGUAUAUUAGGGCUGAACGAUUAACUGCAUGUGCAAUUAAAUUGCGAUGUGACAAAAGGAGAUUUUCUAAUCGCAAAGGCUGCAAUUUGGCAGCGAGUGGUGAGCGCAAUGCUAAUAUACGUGGAAAAACCCAUAGGAAUGCUAAUGCUAAUAUCACCGAUUACAUUAUUACAAAUUAUGAAUUAGAAACGUGCCAAAUGAUUACAUUUGGAGUCUAAUAGAAAGUAAAACUACCAUCAAUCAAAUAAGUACAGACAGGUAUUUUAGUAAAGCCAGAAAACUUUUAACUCCAGAGUUUUGGCUAGCAGCUAUGAGCGUACCUGAACUACGCAUGGACAAGACGUCAAAAACUCUAAACACAAAAUACUUCAAUAAACGGGACACACUUCUUUCCUGCAAAUACAAUUUCACAGGUGUUGCUAAUACCUAUGAUCCUUCAAGGGAUGUGCUCAAAGAGGAGUUCAACAUUAUGAAUACAAUAUAGUGUUUUAUUUUACAAAUACCAUUAUAAACACAAACUUACGUCGUAAGAAACAUUAUUUUAAAAACGAAACUGCUAAAUUCUUUCCAACAGUAUAGAUGUGUAGUGUAUUUUGUCCGAGUGGGUUUGCCGUACUUUGACGUCAUCGGCAGUCGAAGGACCCCGAGCCGAUCUUGCACCCGAGUAGAUCCUGUACCGACACCGCUCACACUGUUGGGGAAUCGGAGCGGGACACCUAGUUAUAUGCAUGUUUCAGUUACACAUUUCUACCAUGUACCUACCUAAAAACGGAUGGAGCUAGUGUUAAUAUAUAUAUUUGCAUCUUUUGAAAUAUUAAUUCCAUCCAUCCAGAAUGUUGAAUAGGUGACAUGAAAAUAUAAAAGCAAAAUAACAAAAAAAAUCUUCUAAAAAAUGUUCAGGAGCCGUAGCUUGGUAUGAGGCCCUUGAUGUGUUCCCUGCGUUGUAAUGAUAUAUUAUUGGGCUGCGCUUUCCUCACCAGCCUUCUCAUGGAUGCUGGCUGUUUCUUUUUAUUUCCUCUUUUUCUUUUUUUUUUUUCUUUUUUUUUUUUUUUUUUUUUUUUGCAUGGUCAUGAUGUAUAAUGAAAAAGCAACCACGAAUUGACGACUAUCAAGUGUUUGUCUGAGUGUUAGUUGGUCUUCAUCAUAGCUUUGUUAUUCUUCAAACAUGGAUCUUGAAAGUAUUUAAUAAAAAAAUACUAUUUCAGCACUG